GGUUUGAGAAAAGUUUAGAAAAGAUUUUAUGCAAAACUUGACUCAUACGAAAUCUUUUUCAAAGUACAAAAACUCUUUUUUGUUCUUUUCUUCUAACUUAUUUUGCAAAUUAAGCAUCUUUUUCCCCACCCUAGAAGUUAAAUAUUCAUGUUUAUAUUCCUCUUUAGUUUUGCUAAGAACAUAUUCAAUUUUAUUUUGGAAAUUUCGACUAUGGCAGAGACAAAUAAAGGAAUGGAAGAAGAAGUGGCAAGUGCCUUUGUGAAUCACUACUACCAUCUCUUUGACAACGAUCGAUCUUCUCUUUCCACUCUCUACAAUGCCACGUCGUUGCUCACUUUUGAAGGCCAAAAGAUCUACGGCGUGGAAGACAUCUCCAAUAAGCUUAAACAACUCCCGUUCGAUCAAUGCCGUCAUUCGAUCAGCACCGUUGAUUCUCAGCCGUCUUCAAUAGCCGGGGGGUGUGGCGGAAUAAUCGUGUUUGUGAGUGGAAGCCUCCAAUUACAUGGGGAGGAUCAUCCUCUUAGGUUUAGUCAGACGUUCCACUUGAUUCCGGUUCUACAAGGAAGUUUCUUCGUUCAAAAUGAGAUGUUUCGGCUCAACUAUGGUUGAACUUAUUAUAUAAUUCAAUGCUUGUAGUCAAAUAAUUAAUGAAAAUCAAUAUUUCAUUUUGA